AAAAACUACCACCUUUAAUGAUUGAACACUUAAAAUUGACCUCUAUAUUUGUCACUAGUGUACUUUUCAAAUGCAUGGCAAAGAAGUCAUUGUUUGGAAGAAACAAAAACAUUUUGUCAAGAAGGAACACCAACCUCAACAAAUCAAGUGUUCACUUGGAUUUCAAUGAAACACUAUUGAAAUCAAUUGGUCAUACUAAAAAAAUGCUCCUGAAAGUUUUGUUUCUAUCCCUUAUCUUCCCCUUUUGCAUUGCCUUGGACACCAUAACCACCAAUGAAUCACUCACAGGCAGCAAUAUUUUACUCUCCAAAGAAAGAAACUUUGCUCUAGGUUUCUUCAGCCGUGGAAGCUCAAGGCACAUAUAUCUUGGCAUUUGGUACUAUAAACUACCGGAACAAACUGUGGUAUGGGUUGCAAAUAGGGAUAAUCCAAUUAAUGAUUCUUCAGCAUCCCUCUCAAUAAGCUCAGAUGGAAACCUUAUUCUCUAUGCUAGCCAUGACCAUAAGUUUCCAGUAUGGUUCACAAAUGUUUCACUAAAAGGAAGAUCUGCAUGUAUAGCUCAACUCUUAGAUUCAGGCAAUCUGGUCUUGGUCCAAGGUGAAAGAAAUGUUUGGCAAAGCUUUGAUCAUCCUACAGACACGAUGCUUCCAGGUAUGAAAAUAGGACUCAACCUGAAACUUGGCCUCAACAGGUUCUUAACUUCAUGGAAAUCAGCAGAUGACCCUGGAGCUGGAGACACAUCCUUCAAGAUGAAUCCUACUGGCUCUCCACAGUUCUUUCUGUACAAGGGCUUAAUCCCAUAUUGGCGAAGCAACCCAUGGCCAUGGAAUCGUUCUCUCACAACGCUACUUCCUGCGUAUUUAUACAGAUAUACUUUUGCCAACACUGAAGAUGAGAUUUACUAUACUUACAUGGUUGAUGACAAAUCUGUGAUCACGAGAACUGUGGUUGACAACUCUGGAUUGAUUCAGCGGCUUACUUGGGACAGUAGUUCUCGCCAAUGGAAGCAAUCCUGGUAUGCACCCAAGUAUAAAUAUGGACAUUGCGGUGCAUACAGCAUAUGCAGCUCUACCAAUGUGGAUGCAUUUGAGUGCAAAUGCUUGCCCGGGUACAAACCCAAGUCCUUAAUGGAUUGGUAUCUCAGAGAUGGUUCUGAUGGGUGCGUGAGGAAUCAUCAACAAACAACAAUGUGUGGAAAUGGAGAAGGGUUUGUUAAGGUAGGAGGCGUGAAGUUUCCUGAUACUUCAAUAGCAUCCUUGAAGAACAUGAGCAUGAGCAGCUUCGAGUGCGAGCAAUUGUGCCUGAGGAAUUGUUCGUGCAAUGCUUUUGCAAGGUUAGAUGUUGAGCGGAAAGGCUUUGGCUGCUUGAUGUGGCACGGACAAUUGAGGGACGUGGAGGAGUAUGCAGGGGGAAGUGACUUGUACGUUCGUGUGGAUGCAAUUGUGCUAGAUGAGUAUACAAAGAAGAGAAGAGGUUUUCUCAAAAAGAAGGGCAAGUUGGCUAUUCUAGUGUUCUCUGUUGCUUUCACAAUAUUUCUCAUUGUCAUAUUUUCCUAUUUGUGGCUAAGAAAAAGAAGGAAAACAGGAGUGGAAAAGAAAGGAUUUUUUUCUACAUUGCUGGAAAAUGAGCUUAUAGAAAGUAGAGAAUCUCCAGAUUUGCCAAUUUUCAAUCUACGCGCCGUAUCUGCCGCUACUAACAAUUUCAGUCCAGUUAACAAACUUGGAAAGGGUGGUUUUGGCACAGUGUAUAAGGGUCAGCUGCCCCAUGGGCAAGAGAUUGCUGUAAAAAGAUUAUCCCAUAGUUCUGGACAAGGGAUUUCAGAAUUCAAAAAUGAAGUCAUGUUGAUUGCGAGGCUUCAACACAGGAAUCUUAUAAAACUUCUUGGAUGUUGCAUUCAGAGAGAAGAACGAAUGUUAAUUUAUGAAUACUUGCCGAACAAAAGCUUGGACUACUUUAUUUUUGAUCAGAGACAAAGAUCAAUCCUGGAUUGGAAUAAGCGCUUUGAUAUAAUAGUUGGAAUUGCCCGUGGAAUCUUGUAUCUUCACCACGAUUCAAGAUUGAGAAUUAUCCAUAGAGAUUUAAAAACCAGCAAUGUAUUACUAGAUGCUGAUAUGAAUCCCAAAAUUUCUGACUUUGGCAUGGCAAGAAUAUUCAGAGGGGAUGAAGUUCAGGACAAGACUAACCGAGUCGUAGGAACAUAUGGCUAUAUGGCACCAGAGUAUGUCAUGUUUGGAAAAUUUUCGACAAAGUCGGAUGUCUUCAGUUUUGGGGUAGUAUUGUUGGAGAUUAUAAGUGGUAAGAAGAGCUACACUUAUUAUCCAGAGGAUCCUUCCCUGAACUUGAUAGGGCAUGUAUGGGAGUUAUGGAGACAAGGAAGAGCUCUGGAUAUAGUUGAUUCAUGUCUAAAAGAAUUGUCUCUUCCUCUUGAAGUAAUGAGAUGCAUUCAAAUUGGACUAUUGUGUGUGCAAGAAGACGCAACAGACAGACCCACCAUGCCAAAUGUUGUUCUAAUGCUAAACGGUGAAAGUACACUUCCUUGUCCUAAACAACCUGCAUUCAUUUUAAGAAAUUGCAGUGAUCUUAAUCUGUCAAAACCAGGACUGAAUUGUUCUUUAAAUGAGGUGACCAUUACCAAGGUCCAAGCCCGCUAGAGAUAUGCUUGUAGGAAUUUAUAGGACAACAUAUUUGGGUUUAUGGGAUGAUAUAAUUGUAUAUUGAAUUUCAAGUAUGCUAAUAUCAGGAAAAGUGUAAUUUAACCAAUU